AUGGAAGUACUAGGAGUCGCUGCCAACGUCAUCGCUGUCGUUGACCUCUCCGCGAAGGUCGCGUCGCUAUGCUUCCAGUACUCUAAGGAGGUCGCCAGCGCCCGAUCAGACAUCCAGCGUCUCCGCACCCAGGUCGAACACCUGGGAACUGUUCUGCGGGCUACACAGAGCUUAGUCGAGGGGAGCAAAGGCCGGACGCUCUUAACAUCCCAGGAGCUCGUUGGUUCAAUUCGCGCCUGCAUCGCCGACCUCGAGCGACUGGAGACAAAGCUCAACCCAAACCCCGCACGCACCGCGAUGCGUCGCCUGGGCCUCCGAGCUCUCAAGUGGCCGUUCAGUAGCAAAGAGGUCGACCAAGUUCUCUCCAGCCUUGAGCGGCACGAAGAGACCAUCUGGUUCGGACUGCAGAUUGAUCAGACUUCCGUACUCGUUGACAUUCAGCAGGGCGUCAAGCAACUGGGGCUCCAGGCGACCGAGGAUGCUACGAUUUCCCGCAAGCCCCACCGCAUGGUGCCGUUCCCUCCCGACCCAUACUUUGUCCACCGUCCUCCGAUUGAGCAGUGGAUGCGAGAUCAAUAUGGCCGGCCCGACCGGCGAAUGGCCUUGGUUGGCAUGGGCGGCUUUGGGAAAUCUCAGCUGGCUGUCCAGUUUGCACACCAACUCCAUGCGGACAAGCCUGGCACCAGCGUCUUCUGGGUGCACGGCAACAGCAGGGCGACGUUUGAAAAGUCCUACCGUGCUCUUGCGGAUGUUCUCGUGUUGCCUCGCCGGCACGAGCCUGAGGUCAACGUGCUAGCAUUAGUGCGCGACUGGCUGCAGAGGGACGACAUCAGUCCGUGGUUGAUGGUCGUCGACAAUGCCGAUGACGCCAGCGCAUUCUUCGGCGAGGGACACGACAAUGUUUCGCAAGACUCACUUGCCUCAUACUUGCCCAAGUCAAUCAAUGGCAAGAUUCUCGUCACGUCGCGCAGCCUCGACGUAGCUGAAAAGCUGGCCGGUGAUAGCCGAGUCAUACGGCGUAUCCCCGUUAUGGGCGAUGAUCAAGCACUCGAGCUAUUGCGGAAGAGGUCCAAAGGCGAAAUAGACGAAGCUGCUGCAACUGAGCUCGUCAGGGCUCUCGAUAAUAUCCCGCUCGCAGUAAACCAGGCGGCAGCAUACAUCAACCGACGCAGCCCGCGCGUAAGCGUUGCAUCGUAUCUGGACGAAUUCCGCAAGAGCGAAAAGCGAAAAGACAGCCUUCUUCGCAGCGACAAGGGCGACCUCGGCCGGCAUGAUGGGGUAUCUAACUCUGUUGUGGUGACGUGGCAGGUGACGUUCGAGCAGAUCAGGCGGGAGCGGCCGCGCGCUGCUAACCUUCUGUCGCUGAUGAGCCAAUUCCAGGCACAGAACAUACCGGAGAGCAUGCUGCACAGCUACAACAACGAUGCCACAGCCAGCGAAGAAGAUGAUGGAGACCGCGUGAACACUGCGACCGAAAGCGAUGUGGAGAAUAAACGAGAAGACUUCGAGAACGACAUGGACGUACUGCGAGGCUACUCCCUUGUGACUCUUUCCGCUGCGGGUCUCUGCGAGAUGCAUUCGCUUGUCCAGUUCUGCACUCGGUCUUGGAUUUCAGAGUUUGGGGACCCGGCACGAUGGAGUCAGCUCUUUAUGAAGCUGGCGGCAGAUCAUUUCCCAUCUGGCGCAUUUGAGACGUGGGAUACAUGCCAAAACCUCCUCCCUCAUAUUGAACCUGUUCUGAGCAGACAGACAAGAGACCAGGGUGGUAUCCUGGACUGGGCUAACCUCCUGACGAAAGUUUGUUGGUUCAUGCUCAUGAUUGGCGAAUAUUCACGAGCGGAGGUGUUGGGAGAAGAGGCCGCUCAAGCAAGGAGGAGCGUUCUGGGGCCCGACCAUCCCUCCACGCUGACCAGCAUGGCUAACCUGGCGUCGACGUAUAGGAACCAGGGCCGGUGGGAGGAGGCCGAGAAGCUGGAGGUGGAGGUGAUGGAGAUGAGCAAGACGAAGCUUGGAGCCGACCAUCCCUCCACGCUGAGCAGUAUGGCUAACCUGGCGUCGACGUUUUGGAACCAGGGCCGGUGGGAGGAGGCUGAGAAGCUGGAGGUGGAGGUGAUGGAGACGAGCAAGACGAAGCUUGGAGCCGACCAUCCCUCCACGCUGACCAGCAUGGCUAACCUGGCGUCGACAUAUAGGAACCAGGGCCGGUGGGAGGAGGCCGAGAAGCUGUUUGUGGAGGUGAUGGAGACGAGCAAGACGAAGCUUGGGGUCGACCAUCCCUCCACGCUGACCAGCAUGAACAACCUGGCGUCGACGUUUUGGAAUCAGGGCCGGUGGGAGGAGGCUGAGAAGCUGUUGGUGGAGGUGAUGGAGACGAGCAAGACGAAGCUUGGAGCCGACCAUCCCUCCACGCUGAGCAGUAUGGCUAACCUGGCGUCGACGUUUUGGAACCAGGGCCGGUGGGAGGAGGCUGAGAAGCUGGAGGUGGAGGUGAUGGAGACUCGCAAGACGAAGCUUGGAGCCGACCAUCCCUCCACGCUGACCAGCAUGGCUAACCUGGCGUCGACAUAUAGGAACCAGGGCCGGUGGGAGGAGGCCGAGAAGCUGUUUGUGGAGGUGAUGGAGACGAGCAAGACGAAGCUUGGGGUCGACCAUCCCUCCACGCUGACCAGCAUGAACAACCUGGCGUCGACGUUUUGGAAUCAGGGCCGGUGGGAGGAGGCUGAGAAGCUGUUGGUGGAGGUGAUGGAGACGAGCAAGACGAAGCUUGGAGCCGACCAUUCCUCCACGCUGACCAGCAUGGCUAACCUGGCGUCGACGUUUUGGAAUCAGGGUCGGUGGGAGGAGGCUGAGAAGCUGGACGUGGAGGUGAUGGAGAUGAGCAAGACGAAGCUUGGAGCCGACCAUCCCUCCACGCUGAGCAGUAUGGCUAACCUGGCGUCGACGUUUUGGAACCAGGGCCGGUGGGAGGAGGCUGAGAAGCUGGAGGUGGAGGUGAUGGAGACGAGCAAGACGAAGCUUGGAGCCGACCAUCCCUCCACGCUGACCAGCAUGGCUAACCUGGCGUCGACAUAUAGGAACCAGGGCCGGUGGGAGGAGGCUGAGAAGCUGGAGGUGGAGGUGAUGGAGACGAGCAAGACGAAGCUUGGGGUCGACCAUCCCUCCACGCUGACCAGCAUGAACAACCUGGCGUCGACGUUUUGGAAUCAGGGCCGGUGGGAGGAGGCUGAGAAGCUGUUGGUGGAGGUGAUGGAGACGAGCAAGACGAAGCUUGGAGCCGACCAUCCCUCCACGCUGAGCAGUAUGGCUAACCUGGCGUCGACGUUUUGGAACCAGGGCCGGUGGGAGGAGGCUGAGAAGCUGGAGGUGGAGGUGAUGGAGACUCGCAAGACGAAGCUUGGAGCCGACCAUCCCUCCACGCUGACCAGCAUGGCUAACCUGGCGUCCACUUGGCAUGGUCGAGGUCGACGAGAGGAUGCUCUUAUUCUGAUGCAAGACUGUGUUCGUCUUCGAGGGAUGAAGCUUGGUCCCAGUCAUCCGCACACUCAGUCAUCAGUUACAACGCUACUAUCGUGGCAAGCCGAAUGCCGCGCGGUGGAAGGUGAUUCGAGUAGAUAA